UUCUGUAUUUUAACCAUUAUGGGUCUUGUUCUUCUUGUAGUUGUUAUUUGUUUAUUGGUGCUGUGUAUACGUGCUAGAAAACUAAUGCCCAUCUUCCCUUUCCAAAACUCUUUCAAUGGCCUAUCGAAUGUAGCUAAAAACAAUUCGACAGACAUCUUUUCAGACAAUGCUAAGAACAAAAACCAGCAAGCUGCGUCUUUGGCGCCGUUGCGCCGACACGGAGCUGGGAAGCUGUCAGUUUCUUUAGGUAAGGACCAUAACGGUUCACUUGUGAUUAAAUCGGUCACCUCUAAAAACGAAUCAAAAAGACCAGCCUUGAAUAUAAAGGAAAGCGACACUUUUGGUGCUCCACCUCGACUCACUCGUUCAUUGACCCCUGUACAUUUGGAAGUUCCCAAAAGACCCCCAUUGCAGAAAUCAGACGAAAGGCCUGCUAAGAACAACAGUUUUAUUCAAAGUAACGAAGUAAUAGUUGAAAUCGAACGUCCGCCCACAAGAAACCGGUAUGGAAAAUCAGAGUUGCAAGAACUACGUCAGCAACUCACAUCAGAUCGAACUUCCAAUAACGAGACCGAAACUUUAUGUCUACCGUCAAUGGCCGUCAAAACCCCAUUGGAAUCAGAGAAACUACGCAGAAGAAAAGCAAGAUUUAAUAAGGAAAUCAACAGAAAAAGUAAAUAUGGCUACAACAGCAAUAAUAGAAAUGACAGAAAUAACGAAGGUAUGUUCGGUGAUAGAAGAUCUUUGAAGAGAAGCGAAGGAAGGUCAUUUAAACGUUCACCUGAGACAGUUAGACAGAGUUCUGCUUCAAAGUUGAACCAUAGAUUAAAAAGAUAUUCUCCCGGAAACACAAUUAGGAAACUCCCCGGCAUCGAGAGAGCUGAGUCACCAAAGACAGAGCAAGAGAAUGCAAGUACUGUGUCCCGAUUACCAACCAAGUGCAGAGUGACAUUAGAUGACUGUUCUGGUAUUAAAGAGAGGCCACCUUCUGUUCCCCCAAGAACAUGGAUUAUGGAACCAAAUAUUGAACGAGUAAGUUCCCCGUCUUUUCAGAAACGAAACGACCGCCUGAAUCAAUCUCUCAAUGUCUAUAAUAAAAGUUCUCUUCUUGCGAAGAAAGAAGAAAUUUUGUCGAAACGAAUUUCAAUGUCGCUCGAUCGGACACGAUAUAGUAGUAACAGAAACUCUGAUGAAGCGCUGCUACCUUUAGCCGUCGACGUAGAUCAUUCUUCAACAACAUUGUCGUCGUCUUACGAAGAUACAUGGCCGCCAAAAAUGCCGCCAACUGUACAGACCUCAUAUGGCAUUCCGUGUCAACCAGCAACGAGAACCACCAAAGAAAUCGAUAAUGUUGACGGUGAUGACAAUAACAACAACAACAGACACAAAAACAGCAUGGGUAAUAAUAACAGCAAUGAUAUCCUCAUUAAUGAAGUGAAGAGGAAGUUGAAAAAAUAUAGACCAACUUUAUGUCCGGAUAAUUUGAGUCACCAUACCGAUCCGCAUUAUAUAAAUAUGUCACGAUCGCCAAACGCUAGGACACCACGAGUAAAAUCCCUUGCAGAGUCGACAAACACUCCGAAAACAAGUUGUGUUAACGUCCCCGAAUCUGACAAUCUUUACGCUUCAAAGUCUUACAGUAGCAGAUGUGAUGAUGGUUAUUUAGAACCGUUUUUGAGGAGUUCCUGCCUUGAAGCUGAUUUAAUUGCGAGAGCAAAGCUAGAGUUGAUAUUAAAAUAUGCAGAACAACAAAGACAAUUGAAAAAACUUCAGAAACAGCAAAGAAGCGAAACUUUGGAGAACUUGUCUUCUACGCUGGAUAUUGAAGACGUUCUGGGAAUGACCAGCAAUUUCACUGAUAUUUCCACCGAAAGAAACAAAAUGGAUAAACGCAUUUCUCCUAAUUAUUUCGAAUGGCAGAAAUCAUUGGGACUAACGGGGGAGGAUUCCUCUCUGGCUUUUUACCCGACACCCAGUUUCGAUACUAGACACCUCAAGAAAUUCAGGGCUACGAAGGACCACCCCGAAUCACUCCGGGAAACAACGAUUUCGUCAUCUCAGAAUUCUACCACUGUCGCUGCCUCCACCACUCUCACUGCCAACGCCGCUACUGCUGCUGCUGCUGCUGCUGCUGCUGCUGCUGCUACUACUACUACUACUACUACUACUACUACUACUACUACUACUACUACUACUACUACUACUACUACUACUACUUUGCCCGAAGAAGCUACUGUUUCGACUCCAUCAGCGUUUUCAUCACUACCACGGACAGAACAGCGGCAACUAAGGUUAAGAUCUUCACCACUACCUCCAACACCACCACCACCGCCACCGCCACCACCGUCUAAGUCAUCGUCAUCACCAUCAUCAUCAUCAAUACCAAUGUCGACGUCGUCGCCAUCGUCUUCCAUCUCGUCAUCCUCGUCGUCAUCAAAUAUUUUCUAUUACCACUCCGGUCAUGUCACUUCCUACGGUCAGUUUAUGGUGGACGCGCCACUCUACCAAAGAACGAACAUCGAAGAAUACCUGCCCGUCACUUUCCACCAUCUUGAAUUAUCCGUAACGCCAACAGCACCGACGAGGAGUGAACGGCCACGACCAUCGCUACGACCACAACCGCCACCACCACCACCACCACCACCGCCGCCGCCGCCACCAACACCACUACCGUCGCCGGCGCCGCCACUAGCAUCAACACUUUCGCCAGCCUUGUCGCCAUCGCAGCUUCUGCUGUUACCUGUAUGCGCGUUAUCGCAAACACCUUUGCUGCCAAUGUCUUCGGGAUCAUCUCCAGCAUUAACUGUUUUAUCAUCUAUACCCACGUCCCCACCAUCAACAGUCACGACAGCGGCAAUGACAGCAACAACAACAACAACAACGGUGACGAUAAUGACAAUAGCGACAGAGUCUACAACAACAAAAGCAAGAACAUUAGCAGCUCCGCAGAAAAUUCUUUCAGCUCCGCAGAAAAUUAUUUCAGCCCCGCAGAAAAUUCUUUCUGCGGAGAGCACGAUACAAUGUCGGAAUCAUAAAAAAUUACAAAGACAUCCGCCUGAUAGAGAGCCAAGCGGAAGUGAUGGGUCACGUGGACUGAUAUCUUCGGACCAUCGUCGAAAAGAACAAGAACAGGUACCUCAAACAAGUUUGUCUCGUCCUGAAGAUCGAGGUGAACUUUGCCAAAGCGAAUUACAUUUAUCAGAAACAAAUGGCAUGGAAAAGAUGCCCAUACCGAAACAGCCAUCGAAAGUUAGAUCCAGAAAACAUAAAAUAAACGAAGACGGAGAUGGAACGGUUUCGAUACUCAACGAUACAAAGGAAAUAAUCGACGGUUCCUGUAAAAAGAAAUCCUUUCUUGAGAGUUCGGUGGAACUGUUGAAGUAUGAAGAUUGUAGUUCUUUUAAUCACGGGACUGAUACGAAUCGAUCUAUCGCAGAAGAAUUUACCAUGGAGAACUCUUCGACACUUCCUCGUCCAGUCAACACCGAUCGCGAAACGAUCGACUCUUUGGACCUCCUUGAUUCCAUUUUUGCUGACGAUAACGACUCGUUGACAUUUUCUUCGAGUGAAUCAGUUUGUGCACCGUUGUUCUUCGAUGAAUCUCAUGGAAAACAGAAGGAGUUCGAUAACUUAUUUAUUCAAGGGACCUCAGCAUUCUACCGAUCGGACGAAGACGACGCCAUUUACGAAAAAGACGAUGAUGAUCAUGAGGAUUGUAUUGUUGGUGGUGGUGAUAAUGAUGAUGAUGGUAAUAUUGAGAAGAAAGAUGAAAAGGAUGACAACGAUGCUGAUGACGACGGCGACGUCGUCGAUGAUGAUGAUGAUGCUGAUGCUGAUGGUGACAAUGGUGGUGACUGUGGGGGUGAGGAUUUACAAGGUGAUAGAAGUAAAGAGGUUACUCAUCGCUGUUCUCAUCAUCAUGAUCGCAAUAGACACCACAGACCUCAUAAUCACCAUCAUCACCAUCACAGUUACAAUCAACAUCAACAUAAUUUCCCACCUCAUCAGCAUCAUAAGCAGCAGCAGCAGCAGCAACAGCAGCAACAACAUUACCAACAACACCACGAAGAACAACAGACCAGCAUUGACGAUAACUUUCUCCUUUCUAGUCGUUUAAGUGAAGAUUCACGCCGCCCUAAAUCCACCUCUUACUAUGUGAAUGUGGGGCAUAUGCCAUUUACGUUCCUGCCAGUUCUAAACGACCUGAACUACGGUUACCAGGUUCAGCAAACGGAUGCAGUUGUAAGAAGCUUCACAAACAGCUAUGCGCAGAAUCGUCGGUCAGAUUCUACCAAUGAAAUACAAGGAGACGAGAAGGCAGCAAAGAAGAACGUUAGUCUAAAGGUCAGCAGUGUAUAUUGAACGUAUGUUCUGAACGAAGCAAGUCGGACAUAUUUAACCUUGAGCGAUAUUUCAAUAAAUUGUAAGAAGCGUUUUACUUUUAUUUUAACGGAAAUUUGGAAUGAGAACUGAUCAUUUAUCGAACUGCGCGAUACUUUAUUGAACCGUAGAAUAAAAGGGGUUGACAAUUUCCUUCGAUGCUGGAACACUUUUGAUCAAUAGCUUGUUCGGUCAUAGUUCACCGGGGCUAAGCAACAAUGACAACAACAAUAUAAAGAUGCAAUGUAUUUCAUCGAUUACCAUGAAUUGAUUUAAACCCCCUCUCGCGAUUUAUUUCAAAGGACUUAAUCAGCGGACAGAUAAAAUACAUAACCUAUCAUAAGGGUUCCAUAAUUGAGUAAAGGAACAGAGGGAAAAUUAUGCCCAGAGUGGCAAUCUGGCCCAAGCGUUUGCUAUACAGUUGUCCCUGCUAAAGGCAUCUAGGGAUCAGAAGAUGGUAUUAAACUGGGUGAUGAAUCAGAGACGUUCUCUCCGGCAGGAAUCCACAUGGUUUCCUUCCACUGAAUUUCGAUCUCACAACUUUGCUCCACUUGGAACUAUGGUAGAUGAAAUAUACACAAGGUACUGCACUCUAAGAUUGAACUUCAAGCCAAGUAGUUUCGAAGCGAACUUCUUCAUCACACAGCCAUGCCUGUCUUGUAGGCUGUCAGAAUAAUCGAAAUCAUUAACAGAUUAUAGUUAUAUAUUUAUCUCGCACGGAAAGACUGGAUAUUCCUGUUGCGCUUGGCAGAUAGUUGUGCAUGGACAGUUUGCUGCUUUCUCAUAUCUGGCGUUAAAAACAGGCUUGUUAUUGCCCUCUAAUAUGGAGAAGAAGAAUCAACCGAAUUUGUGAAUCUCGAAUCUUCCCCAUCUGCUGGCAUCAAAGAUUCAAACAAUAGUAAAAAGUGUUAUUAGAAAUCAUUAUAUUGUGAUGAGCUGGCAGAAUCGUUAGCACGCCGGGCGAAAUGCUUAGCAGUAUUUUGUUGCUGAGGUCGACUUGCCCUUUCAUCCGUUCGGGGUCGCUAAAAUACGUACCAGUUGAACACUGGGGUCAACGUAAUCGACUUCAUCCUCCCCUGAAAUUGUUGGCUUUGUGCCAAAAUUUGAAACCAUUAUGAAGAAGGCGAAGAGCGACCAGAAUCCUUAAUGCGCUGGACAAGACUAGGAGCGUAUUUUUCCGUCUUCACCUUCUGAGUUCAAAUUCCACCGUGGUCGACUUUACCUUUCAUCCUUUCGGAGCCAAUAAAAUAAAUUACCGGUCAAGUACUGUGGUCGAUGUAAUCAACCUACCUUUCCUCUAAAAUUUCUGACUUUCUAUUGAAUUUUCAGAAAAGACUUAUUAGGUUGGCAGGCAAAAGAAUCGGCAGAUCACUAUACAAAAAUGCCAUACGUUUAUAAAAUUAAUACAAUUUGUACUAAAGGCAGCAUUCCAAGACCUGGAAUUUUAGGGGAGAGGGCUAGUCGAUUACAUCGACUCCAGUACUCAAAUGGUAUUUACUUCGUCGACCCCGAAAGGAUGAAAGACAAACUUGACCUCAGCAGAAUUUCAACCCAGGCCGUAAAGCCGGACGAAAUGACGUUAAGCACGUUGUCCAAUUUGUUAGCGAUUCUAUCAGCUUUCAGGUAACCUAUUGAUCCUGUCUGCAAGAAGGCUUUAGUAAUCAAGGUGACAAUUAAUCUAUGGAAUACUUCAGGUGGUUGUAAUUAUUGCUAUUGUUACGGCCUAUGAAUCUGCCGAUACCAUAUGUGAUACUUUUGAAGACAUUCCGCGCUCUUUUGAUCCUAUAUCUGCACAUAUUAAUUCAGAGAAGAGGAACAAUGAAAACGGAAGGAUGAAAAUCCGCCCCCCACCAAAAAAGAAAACACUCCAG